UUGUAUAAAGCAUUUAGUUUCCAGGGUGAUUAUAACUGGAUAGGCGAUACUCUUAAUAAUGUUAUUUACGAAUACAAUCACACUUAUCAUCGAACUAUUGGUGAAAUUCCAGCCAAUGUUAAUAAUAAAAGUAAAAAACGAAUACUACAGAGAUACCUUAGGUUGGUAAAAAAUGAUAAUGUAAAACGUAAGUUUAAAUUAGGUGAUUAUGUGCGUAUAAGCAAAUACAAAGGUACAUUCGAAAAAGGAUAUACUCCAAAUUGGUCGACAGAAAUAUUUAAAAUUCGAAAAUUACAGAACACAAUUCCAACCACUUACUUAAUUAAAGAUACAAUUAGAGGUCAACCAAUUUUAGGAGGAUUUUAUGCGCAAGAGCUACAAAAGACCAAAAAUCCAAAUAUAUAUUUAGUCGAAAAAGUUUUAAGAAGUAAAGGAAAUAAAGUUUUAGUAAAAUGGCUAGAUUUGUCUUCUAGUGAAAACAGUUGGAUCGAUAAGUCAAAUAUAUUAUAA